AAGUCGGCUGAAUUUCCCUCCUCACUUGACGCACUGCGGCAGAAAGGCGAACAACGGCGGAACUCCGGCGGCGACGGUGUGGGUGUUUUCAGCCGGUUGCUUGACUCACUCAGGUGACGGGAGGUUGCUUCCAUGCUGAAUUCAUCUUGACUGUAAGUUGGCUGAACAUUAUGCCUCACGAAUUGGAGCCUCUUGUUUGCUUGCUUUCAUUUUUUCGAACCUGAACGCUUGCUUUUGAAUGUGCCUUUUGAGGGCUGGUGGUAAGUAAACAAAAGGAUGUCAUUGCAGUGAGAGACUGUUUCUCGAAAAUUGAUUGGUAAGCUGUAGUAUAGUUUUGUGAUUCAACAGAAAGAAAAAAUAUAUAGCUCUGUGCUUGUGAUGCCUGUGGGCAGAGUGAGGUCGAUCGUUGAUGUUGGCAAAGUGUUCGACAAAAUGUGUGAGGUGUUGAUUGAAAUAUGGAUAGUCAAGAACAUAAUACCAACUCACAAGAUGGUACUGUUCUUAAUGCUGAAUUUAGGGUUAUGGUUGCCGGUGUGCUCAGUGCUGCAAGGCUUAGGUAGCUUGUUCUUGUUAGAAACACCCCUUUCGGACUUGAAGGAAAAUGCAAAAUUUCUGCAAUGGAGGUUUCCUACGAUUAUCCUCAGCGAAAAAGGGUUUGGAAGAGACCAAUAGUUUAGGUCCUGGGCAGUUUAGGAAUGUCGCAAUUAAGAGAAUGUCUCCUUUUAAGUUGUAAUUAAACUUUAUUAUAGUUUGUAUCCUGGUAGGAGUAACACAUAUGAUUCAGUUUUCUAGUGGUAGCAGGACCCACUUCUUUGCUUGUAGCUUCUCUAUGGAAGAUAAGCUUUCAUUUGGGUUUAGACAUUGGAGUUGAUAGGAAUUCUCAAGAUUUUGCAAUAGUUAUUAUUGUGUAUCUCUAAAAGGUGUCAACUCUGAGUUGAGGCACUUUACCUGUCAAACCUUAUCUGGUCUACUGUUUUGGAGGUUCUUCGUCCAUCCUACAUGUCAAAUCCUAUAUCCUCAACUAGUUUUUUUUUUUCUCUCUCUCUUUUCUGAAUUCCAGUAGAUUCAAGUAUUACACAGAAACUCUAGACACAUUAGUUGAGGUCUACUGCAUGACAGGUUGAGGAGCCUGAAAGUUCAUUGUCUCAAUUUUCUGUUGAUGGUCGUUCAUGACAUUUAAUCAAGGACAUUAAUAUUAGGUGACUAAGAAACUGAGUGUUUUUUUUUAAUUGUUGGAAAGUUCAGUGCGUGACCCUGCAAGGUGUAAUUUAGUUGCAUUAAUAGUUUAGUCGUCAUUUGUGCUAUUAGCCUUGUGAAUAAAUUUGAUGUUAAUUGGAUAUUGAGUUUUGAACCUUGUUCCUUAGCUCACGUCUUCACUAAUGGAUCUUACAGGAACGACAUCAGAGGUAGCAGUAGCACUAAUAGUAGAAAAGGGAAAGACGAAAUGGGAACUUCUGUUCAGGUCACACCACUUUGUGGAGUGUACAAUGAGAACCCACUGUCUUACUUGGUCUCCAUUGACGGCUUCAAUUUUUUGGUUGAUUGUGGUUGGAACGAUCUCUUUGAUCCCGCACUUCUUGAACCCCUCUCCAGGGUAGCGUCAAAGAUAGAUGCAGUUUUGUUGUCAUAUCCAGAUACACUUCACCUGGGUGCAUUGCCUUAUGCCAUGAGUCAUCUUGGACUCUCAGCUCCAAUUUACUCAACAGAACCAGUUUUUAGAUUAGGCUUGCUCACUAUGUAUGAUCAAUAUCUAUCCCGCAAGGCUGUUUCGGACUUUGAUCUGUUUACGCUCGAUGAUGUUGAUUCUGCUUUCCUUUCAAUUACCAGGCUUACCUAUUCACAGAAUCAUCACCUUUCUGGCAAGGGGGAAGGGAUUGUUAUUGCACCUCAUGUGGCUGGUCAUCUUCUCGGAGGUACUGUUUGGAAGAUAACAAAGGAUGGAGAAGAUGUUGUAUAUGCUGUUGACUUCAACCAUCGCAAAGAACGGCAUCUGAAUGGAAUAGUUGCAGAGUCUUUUGUCCGUCCUGCUGUUCUAAUAACUGAAGCUUAUAAUGCUUUGAGUAAUCAACCUCAUAGAGCACAAAGAGACAGAGAAUUUUUAGAGAAAAUUGUGAGGACAUUAGAAGGAGGUGGCAAUGUAUUGCUACCCGUUGACACUGCUGGACGAGCUUUGGAACUUAUUCUCAUACUGGAAGAGUUCUGGGCACAACGUAAUUUAGGAUACGACAUAUUCUUUCUUACAUAUGUUGCAUCAAGCACUAUCGACUAUGUAAAGAGUUUCUUGGAGUGGAUGGGUGACUCCAUUGCAAAAUCGUUUGAAACUUCGCGUAAUAAUGCUUUUCAGUUGAAGCGUGUGAAACUUCUAAUCAACAAGAUGGAUCUGGAUAAUGCUCCAAUUGGCCCAAAGGUCGUUCUGGCAUCAAUGGCAAGCUUGGAGGCUGGAUUUUCCCAUGAUAUAUUUGUUGAAUGGGCAUCUGAUGUCAGGAACCUUGUGCUUUUCACUGAAAGAGGCCAGUUUGGCACGUUGGCUCGAAUGCUUCAGGCAAAUCCACCUCCAAAGGCUGUAAAAGUCACAAUGUCAAAGAGGGUUCCCUUAGUUGGUGAUGAAUUAGUUGCUUAUGAAGAAGAACAGAAGAGACUGAAAAAGGAAGAGGAGCUGAAAGCUAGCCUUUUAAAACAGGAGGAAUCAAGAGCUUCUCAUGGGGUGGAUAAUACUUCAAGUGAUCCAAUGGUCAUUGAUACAACCAAUUCAAAUGCUCCUCCAGAUGUGGCUGGUUCUCAUGGAGGUGGAUAUCGGGACAUACUGUUUGAUGGAUUUGUUCCACCAUCCACCAGUGUGGCGCCAAUGUUCCCAUUCUAUGAAAAUAAUACGGAAUGGGAUGAUUUUGGCGAAGUAGUUAAUCCUGAUGAUUAUGUAGUUAAAGACGAAGACAUGAACCAAACAGCUUUACAUGUUGGUGGAGACAUUGAUGGGAAGCUUGAUGAAGCUGCUGCUAGUUUUAUUCUGGAUACAAAGCCUUCAAAAGUUGUGUCGAAUGAAUUGACAGUUCAAGUUAAGUGUUCACUAAUAUACAUCGACUUCGAAGGACGGUCUGAUGGACGCUCAAUUAAAUCAAUCAUUGCUCGUGUGGCUCCUCUGAAACUUGUGUUGGUGCACGGAUCAGCUGAGGCCACCGAGCAUCUGAAGCAGCACUGCUUAAAACAUAUUUGUGCUCAUGUUUAUGCGCCGCAAAUUGAAGAGACAGUUGAUGUAACCUCAGAUCUGUGUGCUUAUAAGGUGCAACUCUCAGAACAGCUUAUGAGUAAUGUUCUCUUCAAGAAGUUGGGAGAAUAUGAAGUAGCUUGGAUCGAUGCUGUAGCAGGGAAGACCGAGAAUCAUGACAUGCUCUCUUUACUACCUACCGUAUCAACACCACCUCCCCGACAUAAGUCAGUUCUUGUUGGUGAUCUCAAAAUGGCUGAUCUCAAGCAAUUCCUUGCUAGCAAGGGUGUUCAGGUGGAAUUUGCUGGUGGAGGGUCAUUGCGAUGUGGGGAAUAUGUAACCCUGCGCAAAGUUGGUGUCGCCGGCCAAAAGGGCGGUGGUUCUGGGAUACAGCAGAUUGUGAUAGAAGGUCCCUUGUGUGAGGAUUACUAUAAGAUUAGAGAGCACCUGUAUUCACAGUUUUAUCUACUUUAGUUAGAUUCGGCUUACGACUCCAUACCAGUGUAUCAGUGUAGUGCAUCUCUGGAAUGCUUUCUGUUUCACUCCUUGAGAAUUUACUCUUUCUGAAUUGAGAACACAUUCUGUUCCGAGUUUUCACCUUGAAUCAUUUUAAUUGCACCUCGGAACUUGGGGCUAACUCGUUACCAGCGGUAGAUUAACGACAUUAAACACAAAACUUUACCAUUUGUGUUAUCUUUCAGACACUGGAUACAUUUCGUUGAGCAUUACUGAAGAGAAAGCUGGCUCAAACCGAAUCAGAAUGCAGUUUUAUAUAGCCAUACUGAGAACAGAUGAUCUUACAUGUUUAUACAUUCUGCCACUGGGGAAUGAAUCUAACAAGUCACA